CUGGAGUCAAGGUUGCUUGGCCGUUCCCCCUCCCGCCCAUCGAGGAUAUAAAUAGCACCCACAGUACAGAGAGCCAGAUAGCUGGGAAGAAACAGGAACAAGACACCAGCCAUGAACUCCAGCCAGUCUGGGGACUGCCCAUGCGAGGGCUCUGCAGGCCGCCCAACUAUUCUGUAUGCACUUCUGAACCCCAGCGUCAGGGCCAGGCCCAUUGCAUCCGCAUCCCGAAGUCACUGCCUGUGCCAGCAGCACCGGCCUGUGCGGCUGUGUGCGCCACAUCGCACCUGCCGGGAGGCCUUGGAUGUCUUAGCCAAGACGGUAGCAUUCCUCAGGAACCUGCCAUCCUUCUGCCGCCUGCCCCGUGAGGAUCAGCGGCGCCUGCUGGGGGUCUGCUGGAGCCCUCUCUUCCUGCUCGGGUUGGCCCAAGAUACUGUGACCUUUGAGGUGGCUGAGGCUCCGGUGCCCAGUAUACUUAAAAAAAUCUUACUGGAGAAACCCAGCAGUGGUACCCGGGAUGCCCCGCUACCAGACCGGCCACAACCCUCGCUGGCUGCUGUGCGGUGGCUCCAGCGCUGUCUGGAGUCCUUCUGGAGCCUUGAGCUGGGUCCCAAGGAGUAUGCCUACCUGAAAGGAACCAUUCUUUUCAACCCAGAUGUGCCGGGCCUCCAUGCCUCCUGCCACAUCGCUCAUCUGCAACAGGAAGCUCACUGGGCCUUGUGUGAGGUCCUGGAGCCCUGGUACCCAGCUAGCCAAGGCCGCCUGGCCCGAAUCCUCCUCAUGGCCUCCACUCUCAAGAACAUUCCAUGCAGCCUUCUGGUAGACCUCUUCUUCCGCCCUAUCAUCGGAGAUGUUGACAUCGCUGAACUGCUCGAAGACAUGCUUUUGCUGAGGUGACCUGCAGAAUGAGGUCCAGUGCUUCCAAAGGGGAGCCUGAAAGGUAGCACUCAACUCCCCAGGAGCAGCCCUCACCUCAGCCACACCCCCAGCUUGGACUUCCUUGGUUUGAACACAGUGUACUACUAACGACCUAAUAGGCCCUUGGUGGCCCCCAAAGCCUCUGGGCCAGGGACAGGGAGGGAGCAUGAAUGAGGCUGUAUAUCAGACCAGAAUUCCUCCUGACUUUGUAUAAAACUAAAUUAAGUUAUUGGUUUUUUUGUAAUAAAA